AUGGACUCUGAGGCUGAGGGGGUGUCACUGCCAUUGUUCCACGAGCAUCUUAUGGUGCCUCGGUAUGAACUGAGGAUAGGUGAUUGCUGUGGACGUUCCGAAUCUAGCAGUGAGGGAUUCUAUUGCAAAAGCUGUGAUUUCUUCGUUCACAAGAAAUGUGCCGACGAGACCUCGGAGUCUAUCCAACACCCAUCUCAUCCCAAUCACACUCUUAAGCUGCAACGGAAACCAGCUACUCGUUGCAGUUUAUGUGGGAAGAGCUUCAUCGGGGAUCUGUUCUAUCGUUGUGAGAUCUGUAACUUCGACGUGGAUCUAUACUGUGCCAAGUACCCACCACCAGAUAUUCUUGACGUUUCCGAUAUGCACUGGCACGAUCACAUCGACCUCCUCAAGGAGCAGGUCAGUUUCGACUGUUUCUUCAAAUGCGGCAAGAUCGGUGAUGGGUUUCCUUAUAUAUGUCAAAUCUGUGAUGUUGCCUUCCACAUGGACUGCGUAUGGCAACCAACGUUACAACCCCAGCCAGAAACAAUCCCAUUGCACCCUCGAGAACGCCAGCCAGAAACAAUCCCAUUGCAGCCUCUACAAGUAGAACGCCAGACAGAAACAAUCCACUCUCCUGACUCUGACUCUGACUCUGACUCUGACUCUGACCAUUCCUUGCACCCUCGAGAACGCUGGCCAGAGAUAAUCCACUCUUACCAUUCCCUGCACCCUUUGAAGUUCCUCACGGGUAAGCCACCGGACUAUUCUGAUGGAAAGUGUCGUCUUUGUGGAGGAAAGGUUGAUACUCACAGUCAUUUCUAUCACUGUUCUUCUUGUAACUUCACCUUGGAUCACCGGUGUGCUGUGAACCCACCGGCACAAACUCUCUUGGAUCUAAAAGUUCAUGAUCACAAACUCACCCUCCUCCCAAGACUCGAUUCUUUUACCUGCAACGCUUGCGGGCUCAAAGGAGAUCGAAGCCCUUACGUAUGUUUUCAAUGUGGCUUUAUGAUCCAUCAAGACUGUCUUGCCCUUCCGCGCCUCAUCAACAUCAAUCGGCACGAUCAUCGUGUCUCUCGCACUUCUGUGCUUGGUCUCGUCAAUUCUGUAUGUACGGUUUGCCACCGGAAGGUGAUGGAGUGGACUUGUGGGGGUUAUUGUUGUAAGCAGUGCCCUGGCUAUGUCGUGCAUUCGAAAUGCGCCACUAGAAUUGACGUCUGGAACGGGAGAGAGCUCGAAGGAGUACCUGAAGAGAAAGAAGAUAUAGAGCCAUAUGUGGUAAUAGAUGAAAGCACGAUACAUCAUUUCAGCCACAGAGAGCAUUACCUACGACUCAAUGGUAAUGGUCUUCUUUGGGAGGAGAACAAGCGCUGCGACGCCUGCUCUCAUUCCAUCUCUCUCCAAUCAUUCUAUGGCUGUACGGUUUGUGAUUUCUCUCUCCAUAAGAAGUGUGCUGAGCAUCCUAAAAAGAAAUGGCAUGUGCUACACAAUGAACGGCUUGCUUUAGUUACAAGCAAGGGUGAUAUGUUCAGAUGUAAUGCCUGCACGAGAGUUUCCAACGGCUUCAGGUACCAGAAUGGGGAUAAGAAGUUGGAUGUCCGUUGCAGUGCGAUUUCUGAACCAUUUUUCCAUCCAAGCCAUCCCCAUCAUCCCUUAUAUUAUAUUCCAACCGAGAAAGAUGAUAACAUCUGCAGCGGUUGCAACUUGGAGGAGUCGUAUGUGCUCAGGUGCAUUGUAUAUGGUUGUGGAUUCGUCUUGGGAUUCGCAUGUGCGACUUUACCACAAGUGGUGAAGCAUAGAGUUGACGACCAUCCUCUCUCACUGUGCUACGGGGAGAAGGCAAGUGGUAAAUACUGGUGUGACAUUUGUGAGAAAGAAACCAAUCCAGAGAUAUGGUUCUACACGUGCAAAGACCAUCGGGAUAGUUUGCAUACAAUGUGUGUGCUCGGAGACUGUCUAGGGCUCAUGCCAAGAAGCACAUUUAAUUAUCGGGAGGGUAGUACAACUAGAGGGUACAAGUCUACUAUGUUGGUAACAUCAACGGAGGUGGUGCUCAAUAACAGCAUGUCUCGCACAUUUUGCAUUCAGUGCAAUUCCCGGUGCAUGUACCCUAUCAUCUUGAAGGCGCUGGACCACAAGGUUCAAAACAAGAAAACAAAAAAGAAGAAGAAGAAAAAGUCGCUGACAUACGUUUGCUCUGAGACAUGUAUGCGUCAAUUCAAUCUUCGUUACUUAACUAAGGAGCAAGAUGUCUAG